AUGGCUGGUUUGAAUUUUGAAAAUUACCAGAGAAAUCAGUUUCUUAGCUCCAAAGGUUUUGGUCAGCCAAAAGCUACAUCUACUGGUACUACAAUUGUUGGGUGUCAGUUUAAGAACGGUGUUGUGAUAGCAGCAGAUACCAGGGCCACUGCAGGACCAAUUGUGGCAGAUAAGAAUUGUGAGAAAUUGCAUAGGUUAGCACCAAAGAUUUGGUGUGCUGGUGCAGGUACUGCAGCAGACACGGAGAUGGUAACUCAACUAAUUGCCUCGAAAUUGGAAUUGCAUGGAUUAGCGCAGAAUAGACAGCCAAGGGUGAUAACCGCGGUGACGAUGUUGAAGCAACAUCUUUUCAAGUAUCAGGGUCAUUUGGGUGCAUAUUUGAUUGUUGCUGGUGUAGAUCCCACUGGGGCUCAUUUGUUAUCUGUACAAGCACAUGGUUCUACGGAUGUGGGCAAGUAUCAAAGUUUGGGUUCAGGUUCAUUAGCAGCUAUGGCUGUUUUAGAGACUAAAUUCAAAGAAGAUAUGACAAGGGAGGAGGCAAUUGCGUUAUGCUCGGAGGCAAUCGAAGCAGGUAUUUGGAAUGAUUUGGGAUCAGGGUCAAAUGUCGAUGUAUGUGUGAUGGAAAUUGGCCAGGAUGCACAAUUGAUGAGAAACUAUAUAACGCCAAACCAAAGAAUAAAAAAGUGUAAAGAUUAUAGAUUUCCAAAGGGCACAACGGCAGUUUUGAGCCAAAAAAUCCGCGAUAUCUGUGAUGUGGAAGAAACGGUUGUUACAUUUGAUGAUAAUGGAGAUAGAAUGGAAGUAGAUGUAAGUGUGUAA